AUGGCUGCCAGUCGGAGAGAGAAAAUUGGUAGUAUUUUCACCAGAAUCACUGGUCUCUUGCGGUCAGGUGCCAUUUCAGAUGCAGAUAAACCAGUUUGGUAUGAUGUCUACCGUGCUUUUCCUCCAGCUGUUGAACCAAAAUUGAACCAAGAAGAACCAAAUAAAGAGAUUCCUAAUCUUCUGUAUCCAGAAGAUAUCGUCAGAGCGAAAUUUUAUUCCACAUAUGGCAAUCCUGAUGUUGUGGAUUUGACUAAUGAAAAUAUAAAAACUACUUGUCAAAAAUUGGUAGAAAAAUACUUUGAACUUCAAGAAAAAGGUGAACUUCCUGAGGAAAAAAUAUUCAGUGCUGCUAUUGACAGUCUCAAAAGUGAAGGCAUUCGUUUGAGAACUUUGGCUGAAAAGGAGACAGAGCUUCUAGAACAAUCUCCAACUUCAGCACACAAUCAAAAUCCUGCUGCUACAGAUGUUGAUACAAAUAUACAAAUGGCCAUUGAUCAAGACGCUAAGACAAGUGGAGAAUUUAUAAUUGACAAUGAAUCACGCCUUCAAAUCCCUUUCGGCGACCUUCACCUGAUAACACUUCUGGAAUCACGUCUUCAAAUCCCUUUCGGCGACAUUCACCUGACAACACUUCAGGAAUCAUGCCUUCAAAUCCCUUUCGGCGACCUUCACCUGAUAACACUUCAGGAAUCACGCCUUCAAAACACUUUCGGCGACCUUCACCUGAUAACACUUCAGGAAUCGCGUCUUCAAAUCCUUUUCGGCGAUCUUCACCUGAUAACACUUCAGGAAUCAUGCCUUCAAAUCCAUUUCGGUGACCUUCACCUGACAACACUUCAGGAAUCACGCCUUCAAAUCCCUUUCGGCGAUCUUCACCUGAUAAUACUUCAGGAAUCACGCCUUCAAAUCCCUUUCGGUGACCUCCACCUGACAACACUUCAGGAAUCACGCCUUCAAAUCCCUUUCGGCGACCUUCACCUGAUAACACUUCAGGAAUCAUGCCUUCAAAUCCCUUUCGGCGACCUUCACCUGAUAACUCUUCAGGAAUCAUGCCUUCAAAUCCCUUUCGGCGACCUUCACCUGACAACACUUCAGGAAUCACGCCUUCAAAUCCCUUUCGGCGAUCUUCACCUGACAACACUUCAGGAAUCAUGCCUUCAAAUCCCUUUCGGCGACCUUCACCUGAUAACACUUCAGGAAUCACGCCUUCAAAACCCUUUCGGCGACCUUCACCGGAUAACACUUCAGGAAUCGCGUCUUCAAAUCCUUUUCGGCGAUCUUCACCUGAUAACACUUCAGGAAUCAUGCCUUCAAAUCCAUUUCGGUGACCUUCACCUGACAACACUUCAGGAAUCACGCCUUCAAAUCCCUUUUGGCGAUCUUCAACUGACAACACUUCAGGAAUCACGCCUUCAAAUCCCUUUCGGUGACCUUCACCUGACAACACUUCAGGAAUCACGCCUUCAAAUCCCUUUUGGCGAUCUUCACCUGAUAACACUUCAGGAAUCACGCCUUCAAAUCCCUUUCGGCGACCUUCACCUGACAACACUCCAGGAAUCACGCCUUCAAAUCCCUUUCGGCGACCUUCACCUGAUAACACUUCAGUAA